AUGGGGGCUGAGGCCGACACUUUUCUCCCAGGCGCACUUCCAUUAGACACGAGCCACGUGCUACAGUGCCCUGCGUCGGCCCUUCCUUUUCUUCAGGAGCUGCGUUCGCGUCAUCCAGUCAACGAAAAUGACCCUUUCAAGAAACUGCCAGAGGUUCAGACUCCGUCCUCUGAGCACGCCACGCGUUCCACGGUCGCGGACGUGAAGAUGGAGUGUGUCGCAAGCGAGCCGGAGCGGGGUCUCACCGAGAACCUCGCGGAUACAUACGUGUCAUCGGGGAGCGCGUGCGUGGAUUUCCUCUUCCACGUGCUGCCGCUGACCGAGCGCGACGAUGCGCAGCGGCGGCUUGCGGCUGCGUGGGCAGAGGAUCCAGCCACGGCGCUGCGACUGGUGAUGCAGCUGCGCGCGCUCGUGCGGCUCGCUUUGGCGGUGGAAGGCGCAGACCGCAUGGAGUACGGUGCGGUGGCUUGGAAUGGCGCGAAUAAGGGAAAUAAGAUGAUGAAGAAGCGCGACUGGAACGGGAGCAGAAAGCAGAAGAGACGGGAGAAGCGGGUGGAUGACGUCGUGGAGGACGAAACGGUGGCUUGGAAUGGCAAGAAAAAGGGAAAGAAGUUGAUGAAGAAGCGCGGCGGGAACGGGAGCAGGGGCGGCAAAGGAGGCGGGGAAAAGCAGAAGAGUCGGGAGAAGCGGGUGGCGGAGAACAGGCGGCAGAUGGCGGAGGAGAGCGAGCGCGCGGCGGUGGUGCGCAAGGAAGCGCUCGCGCGGAGGGCGGCGGCGGUGGUGCACGCGUACGAGACGAGCGAGCGGCUGCGCGCCGUGCACAACGCGGUGGCGGCAAUCUUCGCGGCUGCGCUGAAGGCGGACCUGGAGACUAUGCGCGCGUUCGAAGAGGGGCGCGCGCGGAAGACCGGGGAGGGGGUGAAGGAAGAGAGCGGUGGCAAGGGCAAGAAGAAGCGCAAGUGGAUGGGGAUGCCAGCCCCGAAGCUCUCUCUGGCAGCCAAGUGGGCGCCCUCCCCUGGCAAGUCGUUCGAUCACUGCACAUUGCUCACCUCCUCCAUCGCCCUCCACCUCUUCCCCCCCUCCUCCUCUUCCCCCUCUUCCGCUGCUGCUGCUGCUGCUGCUACUGAAUCUGAAAUGGAUGCGGACGGUGGAGCAGCAGCAGGCGGGGGGGGAGGGUACGUGCGAGUGGCGAAGGAGAGGCUGCAGAGGGAGGUGCUGGCGCCGCUGCGGAGAGCGCUGGAGGUGCCCGAGGUGCACAUGAGCAGAGGGCGGUGGGAGCACGUGGCGUACGGGCGCGUGCCGUCCGUGUGCAUGAAGAACACCCGCAAGCGCUUCCUCUCCCACGACGAGGCGCGCUUCAAGAAGUACCUCGAGGAUGUGAAGGGCGGGGAGGCAAAGAUCGCUUCGGGAGCGCUGCUGCCGCAUGAAGUGGUGAAAACGGCCAUGGCAGCAGCGGGGGAUAGAGUUGAUACAGUUGGAGAGCUGCAGUGGAAGGCUAUGGUGGCUGAUGUGCGCAGCAAGGGGUCGCUCGGGAACAGCAUGGCGGUGUGCGAUGUGUCGGGGAGCAUGGAGGGUAUACCCAUGGAGGUGGCAAUUGCGCUGUCGCUGCUCGUGAGCGAGGUGAGCAGCGAGCCGUGGAAGAACCACCUCAUUACCUUCUCCGCGCAGCCGAGGAUCCACCACGUGCAGGGCGAGACCCUGGUGGAGCGCGUGAGCAGCACACAGGGCAUGGCCUGGGGCUACAACACCAACUUCCAGGCGGUGUUUGACCUGCUGCUGUCCCGCGCGCAGCAGUUCGAAUUAGACCCGGCCGACAUGGUGCAGCGCCUCUACGUGUUUUCUGACAUGCAGUUUGAUGAAGCACGUGGGCCCAGUGGGGGAAUCAGAGGCAGAGACUGUGGCUGGGAGACGGACCACCAGGCGAUCGUGCGCAAGUACACUGCAGCUGGUUACCCUGUGCCGCAAAUUGUGUAUUGGAACCUGAGGGGGGAUGCGUCUGCGAGCAGCACGCCUGUGGCUGCGAGUGAGGAGGGGGUGGCGCUGGUGUCGGGAUUCAGCAAGGGGAUGCUGCUGACGGUGUUGGAGGGCAAGGAGCUUUCUCCCAUGACAGUGCUGGAGGAGGCUAUUAAGGGAAAGCUCUUUGAACUUGUUCAGGUUGUGGAUUGA